GUUUAUAGUGAGCGUUUUUUGGAGAAAAUCUUGUUUUUCCAGAGAGUUUUUGGAUAUUUCAGUACUAAAAUCAACAGGAUUCAAGGCAAAAUGAGUACCCAUUUAGUUUGGAGCAUCAUCCGCAACAACAAUGCCUUCUUGAUCAAGAAGCGCAAUAUCACCAAACCUUUCAGUUCUGAACCUCAAAACUUGACCAACUUGCACUCAUACAGGUACAAUGGUUUGAUCCACAAGAAAACCGUCGGCAUCGUUGACGCUGCUGACAAGAAGGGAUUCACUGUCGUCAUGAAGAAACCCAAGAAGAUCAACAAACCCAGGGAGAGUUUGGCUAAGGUCACAAUGAAGGCUGGUCCCCGCAGGUCUCUGCACAAGCUGAGGCGUUUGAUGAAGUUCGGUAAAUACCGUACAGAUUUGACCAAGGCUGCUCUCCGUAGGGCCAGUGCUAUCCUCAAGUCACAAAAACCAAUUGUCAACAAGAAGAAGCAAAAGCAGGCCAAGAAGCCAGAAUAAAUUUUAUAAUGUUUAAAUGAAUAAAAUAAUAAUUGAAAAAAUAUAAAAAA